UCACGGGGACGCUGGGCCGGGAGCAGAGGCCGCGGGAAGCGCCUGGCAGCGGGGACUGCGGCGGCCCGUCCCGGGGGGUGGCCCGCAGCGCCCACUUCGGCAGCUUUCCGGCGGGCAGCCCGCGCUCCCCCGCGUCCCGCGCCGCACCCGCAGCCGGGCCGGGCCGAGAAGGCGAGCGGGCCGCGCCUGCCGCCCCAUGGAGCUGCGGCCGCCGGGCGACUCCGGGCCCGCCGAGCCGGGGCCUGGCGUGAGCAGCCGGCGCGGCGCGGCCCCGGCGGCGGCGGCGGCGUCGCCGAGCCAGGCGGGGGCCGAGGCCCGGAGCCUCUGGCCGGCGGUGGCGGCCGUGCUGCCGGCGGGGGGCAGCGGGGAGCGCAUGGGCGUCCCCACCCCGAAGCAGUUCUGCCCGGUCCUGGAGCGGCCGCUCAUCAGCUACACCCUGCAGGCCCUGGAGAGAGUAUGUUGGAUAAAGGAUAUUGUUGUUGCAGUAACUGGAGAGAAUAUGGAAACAAUGAAAGGUAUUGUUGAGAAGUAUCGACAUAAGCGGAUCUCCCUAGUGGAAGCAGGAGUGACCCGCCACAGGUCGAUUUUCAAUGGACUAAAAGCACUGGCAGAGGAUCAACCUGAUUCGAAGCUCUCUAAACCAGAAGUAGUGAUUAUCCAUGAUGCUGUGAGACCAUUUGUUGAGGAAGAUGUCAUCUUCAAAGUUGUUAUAGCUGCUAAAGAACAUGGAGCAUCAGGAGCUAUUCGACCUCUUGUAUCUACUGUCAUCAGUCCAUCUGCAGAUGGUAUUUUGGACCAUUCACUGGAACGUGCCAGACACAGAGCAAGUGAAAUGCCACAGGCAUUUCUGUUUGAUGUGAUCUAUGAAGCGUAUCGGCAGUGUAGUGACUAUGACUUGGAAUUUGGAACUGAGUGUCUGCAGUUGGCUCUAAAAUAUUGUCACACUAAAGCCAAACUUGUGGAAGGAUCCCCUGAUCUUUGGAAGGUGACCUACAAACGAGAUCUGUAUGCAGCUGAAUCGAUUAUUAAGGAAAGAAUUUCACAACAAAUUUGCAUACUUAUGGGCACAAAUGAAAAUGAAGAAUAUAUUGUUGGUCUCUUUGAAAAAAUGCUGAAAAAUGAACUAAAUCAUGUAAGAGUUACAUUUGGGGCUCUAUGUCAUGCUGACAGAGAUCUUCAGAAAAUUAUCUUACAACAAUGCUACAAUUUUGUUUGUGUAAAUAUGAUGACCUGUGAUUUCCAAGAAACAGAAAAAUUACUGAAUACACUUCAAGAGAGUGAUCUUUCCAUUUUAUAUCCUGUUGUUGUUAUUUCAGUUCAUUUUCUGGAAUGUAAAUCAAUACCUUUUGGUCAGAAAAUGGAAAACCUCAUGAGAAUCAGAGAAUAUGCACAGGAGGUGAAAAAAGCAAAUAUUUUACUAUUUGGCCUUCUCAUACAUUACCCACAGCACGAGAAGAAGCUACAGGAAACUAUAAAGCAAGGUGCUACCAUUAUUGCUGCCAUAAUUAAAGAAAGAAAUCCUGGACUCAUUGGUCAGCUACUAAUAGCAUGAAGAACGCAGAGAAAAUUACCUUCCGGGUUUUAGAAAUAUUUACUUAAAUAUCUCUCAUGUACUUUAUUCCUCAUGUAGCGAUAAAGUAUUUAACUUUUCUUUUGUAUCAUAAUUUGUAGAAAGUGAUACUUAGUUAUAAAAAUGUGUAUGCAAUGAAAAAUUUUAUGCAUGUCAAGUAUAAAUUAUCUGAAUCAGAAUUGAAUAAAUGGAAAAUAAUAGACUUAACAUAAAACAUAAUUUUCACAGAGCCAUAGAAUUAAUGAUGUUUGAGAUGAAUCUCCAAGUAAUGAGAGUUGGGGAAAUUCUCAAUUAUUAUUUCUAUGUAAAUUAAUAGAUCGUGCUAAUGAAAUGAAUAUGACUCAUAAUUACUCUUAAUCUUAAAUGAUCCUAUUUACAUUUGAUAUUUUAAACAUUAAUUUUAAUCUUCCAUGCCUUAAAAAGUAGAGGGGAUAUGGUAGAAAACUCUGGGUUUGAACUCUCAUACAACCUUAGAGGAGAUGUAAUCUCUCGCUUUUCUACUAUUUUAAACUGUAUAUUUUUCUUAGUUUAUGAACUAUAGUAUUGAAUUACACUGUUUUAAAAGGUGUUAUUUCUGAGUGUUUAAAAGAACACUUGAAAACUCAUUAGAGGUGAAAAUAUUUUGAUCAAACCCAAGUUAGUACCUUGCACAUCAAGGAAUAGGUAAAUUCUAAUUUCAUAUAUACUACUACCUUUAAAACCAAAUUUUUUUCCUUCAGUGUUCACUGGAAUAUAUAUCUUAAGUAUAAUAUUUUGCUAUAUAUUACAUUUUACAACUAUAUAUAUUCAGUCAUCAGAUAUUCUUUUUUAUUCUACCUAUGGACUUAUUUUAUAGUAGCAUAUUAAAUCAAAAAUUUUAAGUUCUUAACUUUCACAUAUAAAUUAUAAAUUGUAUGAAACAUUUUUGGUUAUAGAUAGAUUCUGAAUUAUCUACCUUGGCAAAUUGUUUUUUCUUAACAUGUUGGAUGAUUUUUCCUAUGUUUCUGAAUUAUUAUUUAUGAAACUACCUAUAUUAAUAGGAGAGUUUAUAGAGUAUUACAGGCUUGGAUCUAUUACUGUAGUUCAUUAUACUAAGUGAAAUAUGUCGUUUAGAUGACACUUGAUAUAAAUUUCUGGGCUGCCUUCUUUUAUAUUUCUCUAAUGAUGUUAAAAAAUACAGAAUCAUUUAAUUAAGUAUCAUGAAAGUGAAAAUAUGUGGGUAUUGUAUGUAUUUUCAUUAGAAUGACUGUAUUUGGUGAACUGGCUGUUUUUAAAGCGUCCAUAUAGUGUACCUAUUAAGUAUUCUUGUGAAAAUGUUAAAAGAAAUUGAAAAUGCUAAUAUAGGCACAUGGGUAAUGUUAUCAAGAUUUUAAAGAGCAGAGAGUGACUGUAUGCAGGACAGGAAACUGCACAUUUUUGGUGGCACAAAAAAUAUAUGUAAUUGUUGACCAAAUUGUUGACCAAAUUAUCUUUGAUUUCAGUUUAACAGUGAAAUGUUAAACCAACAUAAAUCCAUUCUAGAAUGAAAUUAUGCCAUUCUAGAGCAUCUAGUAUGAAUUUAUCAUUGAUAAAUUUUUACAUGAGAUUUAGUUAAUAUAAUAAUAAAUUUAGUCCAAAAUCAUCAUCAGAAUUAUGGCAUUUUUUUCUUUAUAGUUUACUAAGUAAUUUUCAACAUUGGAAAGGAUUCAAAUAAAUCUCUCCACAUCAUUUACUGUUUUCAUGCAAAUUGGGUCUUGCCAAAGUCAUGUAUAUACAUAGCAAAAAAGUUAGAUCUUCAACUCAGGUGAUGAAGAGGCUUUAAGCUGAUCUUUCUGUAUAUGAAUAAAAAUUGCUGGCAAAGGACUAUGAGCAAAAACACUAUAGUAAGUGACUGAAGGCUCCAAAUGAUCAUUGGAAGAAUUUGGGGAAAAAAGGGUAGAAUAGCUCAAUGACCACAGGAAAGUUCUAGAACUCUUGGCAUUCCAGCCAUUUGGAAUGUAAAUAAAUUUUAGUUAAAGGUGAAAAAAAUGGAAAGAAUUAUUGACCAAAAAAAAAAGAUAAAUUACUUGUUUAUAUUAGAAAGUAUAUAAGUCUGAAUUAUACAAUUCAGAAAACUAAAGACAAUUUUAGUGAUACAUUUUCAUGACCAGUUAUGAGAAGUUACUUCCAUGAAAUCUGCCCAUUUUCACUUUAUUUUCUAAAAUCACUUUUAAAAAAUAGUAAUGGUCCAGAGAAACAAUACAGAGGGUAGGGUACUUACCUUGCAUGCUGCCAAAACCUAAUCUGAUCCCUGGUACCACCAUAUGGUCCUUUUAGCACCAGCAGAAAUAUUCCCUGAGCCCAGAGCCAGGAGUGAGCCCUGAGCACCAAGUAUGGCCCCCAAAUAAAACAAUGCCUCAGCUUUGCUGAAUUUCUUUCUACCUGUGUAAAAUAUUGUGGAAACAUUUUUUUCUCUUUAAUUUUAUGCUACUGAUUAAAUUAAAUUAUUUUAAAAAGGAAUUUGUGCAAUAUUGUUACCAGUAUGAUUAAUGACUUCUAAUAUUAUUUCUUUCAUAAGAUUGUCAGUUUGAGGUAACUUAUUGCAAAUUUAUUUAAACAUCCAUCAUCUUCUGUAUUCCACUUAGAACCAUUUUUAAUUCAAGAAUAUUGCAUUGUUUUAAUUAGAAACUUUUUACCUGUCUAAAUUAUUAAAUUAUAAAUAUCAAAGCUUAUUUUACAUAAAUACAUAAUACGUUUUUAAAAUUAAAUUUCAAACAUUUUUAUAUUAAAUAAGUACAUUUUACUUGCUUAAAAUAUUGAAAUUAAGUAUGUCAAAGAAGCAUAAAUCAUAUUUUAAUUAAAUGUUAAGAAAAGCAUUUGGGGAAAGAAUGUUAAAAUUUAAAAAAUUAAUUAAAAAUAAACAGAAUAUAUUGUUAUAUGUUGUUAAGAUUGGACUGAUAUAGUUAAUAUAAGCAUAGUAGAGGAGUUUGUGUAAGUGGUGUGUGACAUUGCAGUAUUUACAUAUUUGGGGCCUUGGUUCUCACCCUGAGAUACAGUUACAAGCUUUCAUGUUUGAGUUUCAGUCAUACAAUGAUCAACCAUCCGUCCCUCCAUCAGUGCAUAUUCUCAAUCCCUGUAUACCUGCUUCCAUGGCAGACAAUUUUCCCUAUACUCUCUCUCUACUUUGGGGGCCUUAGGUCUAUACGCACUGUGCUCUGGGCUUAACCCUACCUCUGUACUCAAGGAUUGCUCCUAGAGAUGUUUCAGGGAGCCACAUGCAGUGCCAGAGAUUGAACCCUGCUCUCCCACAUGCAAAAUAAUCACCUUAUCCACUGUACUGUAUGUCUGACUUCAUAACAUUCACAUAUUUUCUUGUAUAUUUUAACUGCAAAAUUGUAAAAAACAUAAACAUUUAAAUGAAAUGUAUUAGUAAAUAUUCUGAAGAUGUUCUCUAUAUAAAGCUAAUUGAUAAAUAAAUUUAAGAAAUUGAAAGUCUAA